AUGCCUGCCGCUGAGCAGCCAAGGAAGGAAACACCUUCUCCUGAGAACAAGUGCCAGAGAAGGGAUCACCAGGAUGAACUUGGGCAGAUCCUGCAGGUGGAGACGAGUUACAUGGAGGUGCUGUCGCAACUCGCCGUGACCGUCACUGGAGAGCUGGACCCAGAGGGCCCGGGGGCGGGGGUGGAGGAUGAGGAGCGGGCCGGGGCGGAGCACAGGGCGGAGGCAGCUCCCGGCGCUUGGGGCUGCCGGGCCGGACUAAGUCCACGCUCGACAGCCUCACUGCCGCUCCUCGGCCCCAUGGACGCCCUGUGCGGCUCCGGGGAGCUGGGCUCCAAGUUCUGGGACUCCAACCUGUCGUUGCACACAGACAACCCCGACCUCACGCCCUGCUUCCAGAACUCUCUGCUGGCCUGGGCCCCCUGCAUCUACCUGUGGGCCGCCCUGCCCUUCUACCUUCUCUACCUGCGGAACCACCAUCGAGGCUACAUCGUCCUCUCCCACCUCUCCAGACUCAAGACGGCCCUGGGCAUCCUGCUGUGGUGUGUCUCCUGGGCUGACCUCUUCUACUCCUUCCAUGGCCUGGUCCACGGCUGGGCCCCUGCCCCCAUCUUCUUUGUCACGCCCCUGGUGGUGGGGAUCACCAUGCUGGUGGCCACCCUGCUGAUCCAGCAUGAGCGGCUGCGGGGAGUACAGUCCUCUGGAGUCCUCAUCACCUUCUGGUUCCUGUGCGUGCUCUGCGCCAUCAUCCCCUUCCGCUCCAAGAUCCUUUUGGCCAUGUCAGAGGGCAGGAUCUCUGACCCCUUCCUCUUCACCACCUUCUACAUCUACUUUGCCUUGGUACUUUCUGCCCUCAUCCUGUCCUGCUUCAGAGAGAAGCCGCCAUUUUUCUCCCCAAAGAACCUCGACCCUAACCUCUGCCCAGAGGCCAACGCCGGCUUCCUCUCCCGCCUGUCUUUCUGGUGGUUCACAAAGAUGGCCAUCCUUGGCUACCGCCGCCCCCUGGAAGAGCAGGACCUCUGGUCCCUGAAUGAGGAGGACAGCUCCCAGAUGGUGGUGCAGCGGCUGCUGGAGGCGUGGAAGAAGCAGCAAAAGCAGGCGGCGCGACACAAGACCGCGGCGGCAUUCAAGAAGAAAGUCUCCAGCGAGGACGAGGUGCUGCUCGGGGCUCAGGCCCGGCCCCGGGAGCCCUCCUUCCUAAAGGCCAUGGUGAUCACCUUUGGCCCCACCUUCCUCAUCAGCUGCUUCUUCAAUCUGAUCUAUGACCUGCUGUCCUUCGUCAACCCACAGCUGCUCAGCAUCCUGAUCAAGUUUAUUUCGAACCCCUCGGCCCCCACCUGGUGGGGCUUCGUGGUAGCAGGGCUGAUGUUUGUGUGCUCCGUGAUGCAGACGGUGAUCCUGAACCAAUAUUACCACUACAUCUUUGUGAUUGCAUUGAGGUUGCGAACAGCGAUCAUAGGUGCCAUCUACAGGAAGACUCUGGCCAUUAGCAAUUCAGUCAAGCGUGAGUACACUGUGGGAGAAAUUGUCAACCUCAUGUCAGUGGAUGCCCAGCGCUUCAUGGAUGUUGCCCCCUUCCUCAACCUGUUAUGGGCAGCACCCCUGCAGAUCACCCUGGCAAUCUACUUCCUCUGGCAGAACCUGGGUCCUUCCGCCCUGGCUGGAGUCGUUCUGUUGGUCUUGCUGAUUCCACUCAAUGGAGCUGUGGCCAUGAAAAUCCGGGCCUACCAGGUGGAGCAAAUGAAGCUCAAGGACUCACGCAUCAAGCUGAUGAGUGAGAUCCUGGCUGGCAUCAAGGUGCUGAAGCUGUAUGCCUGGGAGCCCAGCUUCUCUGAGCGGGUGGAGGGCAUCCGACAGGGUGAGCUCCGGUUGCUGUGCAAGUCUACCUACCUGCAUGCCAUAUCUACCUUCAUCUGGAUCUGCACCCCCUUCCUGGUAACCAUGGUCACCAUUGGGGUAUACGUCUCUGUGGACCAGAAAAACGUGCUGGAUGCCGAGAAAGCCUUUGUUUCCUUGACCCUGUUCAAUAUCUUAAAGUUGCCCCUCAACCUUCUGCCCCAGCUCAUCAGUGGCAUGACCCAGACCAGCGUGUCUCUGAAACGGAUCCAGCAUUUCCUGAUCCAAGAUGAACUUGACACCAAGUGUGUGGAAAGAAAGACCAUCCCUCCAGGCUAUGCCAUCACCAUAGACAAUGGUACCUUCACCUGGGCCCAGGACCUGCCCCCCACCCUGCACAGCCUGGACAUCCAGGUGCCAAAAGGGGCACUGGUGGCCGUGGUGGGGCCUGUGGGCUGUGGGAAGUCCUCCCUGGUGUCUGCCCUGCUGGGGGAAAUGGAGAAGCUGGAAGGCAAGGUGUAUGUGAAGGGUUCCGUGGCCUACGUGCCCCAGCAGGCAUGGAUCCAGAAUGCCACUCUUCAAGAAAAUGUGCUGUUUGGCCGAGCCCUGGACCCCAAGCAUUACCAACGGACUCUAGAGGCCUGUGCCCUGCUGGCCGACCUGGAGAUGCUGCCCAGCGGGGACCAGACAGAGAUUGGAGAGAAGGGCAUUAACCUGUCCGGGGGCCAGCGGCAGCGGGUCAGUCUGGCCCGAGCUGUUUACAGUGAUGCUGACAUUUUUUUGCUGGAUGACCCCUUGUCAGCUGUGGACUCCCACGUGGCCAGGCAUAUCUUUGACCAAGUCAUCGGGCCAGAGGGUGUGCUGGCCCACAAGACGCGGGUGCUGGUGACACAUGGAAUCAGCUUCCUGCCCCAGAUGGACUUUGUCAUAGUACUAGCUGAUGGGCAGGUGUCUGAGGCCGGUUCCUACCCGGCCCUGCUGCAACGCAAUGGCUCCUUUGCUGAGUUCAUCCACAACUAUGCACCCGACAAGGACGAGAGGCACCCGGACAGCAAGAUCGUCUUGGAGAAUGCAGAGGAUGAAGAGGUGCUGCUGAUCGAAGACACACUCAGCAGCCACACUGACCUGACAGAUAAUGAGCCCAUCAUGUAUGAGGUCCAGAAGCAGUUUAUGAGACAGCUGAGCUCCAUGUCCUCAGAAGGGGAGAGCCCGGAGCGGUAUGUGUCCCGGAGACGCCUGGGCUCAGCAGAGAAGGUGGUGCAGGCGACAGAGAAGAAGGCGAAAGGGACACUGGUCCAGGAGGAGAAGGCAGAGAUGGGCGUUGUGAAGAUGAGCGUGUUCUGGGAUUACAUCAAGGCUGUGGGGCUCUGGACCGUGCUGUUCAUUUGUCUUCUGAACAUGGGUCAAAGUGCAUUCUCCAUCGGGGCUAACAUGUGGCUCAGUGCCUGGACCAACGAGGCCGAGGUGGACAGCCGCCAGAACAACACCUCCAGGAGGCUGGGAGUCUAUGCUGGCUUGGGAAUGCUGCAAGCGCUCCUCGUGAUGCUGUCGGCCUUCAUGAUGGCAAUGGGCGGUGUCCAGGCGGCUAAAUCGUUGCACGCGGCGUUGCUGCACAACAAGAUGCGCUCGCCACAGUCCUUCUUCGACACGACACCCUCGGGCCGUAUCCUCAACCGCUUCUCCAAGGACAUCUUCGUCAUCGAUGAGGUCCUGGCCCCCACCAUCCAAAGGCUGCUUGGUGCCUUCUUCAACUCUGUCUCCACCCUUGUGGUCAUCGUGACCAGCACUCCGAUCUUUGCCGUGGUCAUCUUGCCUCUGGCUGCUCUCUACAUCUCGGUGCAGCGCUUCUAUGUGGCCACCUCGAGACAACUGAAGCGGCUGGAAUCGGUCACUCGCUCACCCAUUUACUCCCAGUUUUCGGAGACGGUGACUGGUGCCAGCGUCAUCCGGGCCUAUGGCCGCAGCCAGGACUUUGUGGCUAACAAUGAUACUAAGGUGGACAUCAACCAGAGGGGCUGCUAUGCGUACAUCAUCUCCAACCGGUGGCUGGGAAUCCGAGUGGACUUCGUGGGGACCUGUGUUGUGCUCUUCGCUGCAUUGUUCGCCGUAACUGGGAGAAGCAGCCUGAGUCCCGGGCUGGUGGGCCUUUCUGUGUCCUAUGCCCUGCAGGUGACAUUUGCUCUGAACUGGAUGGUACGAAUGAUGUCAGACACGGAGUCUAAUAUUGUGGCUGUGGAGAGAGUCAAAGAGUACAGCAAGACAGAGACUGAGGCCCCUUGGGUGGUGGAGGGCAGCCGCCCUCCAAAGGGCUGGCCCCCACAGGGUAAGGUGGAGUUCCGGAACUACUCCGUGCGCUACCGGCCAGGCCUGGACCUGGUACUGAAGAACCUGAGUCUGUGCGUGCAUGGUGGCGAGAAGGUGGGAAUCGUGGGGCGCACAGGGGCCGGCAAGUCGUCCAUGACCCUCUGCCUGUUCCGCAUCCUGGAGGCAGCAGAGGGUGAAAUCCGCGUUGACGGUCUCAAUGUGGCGGACAUUGGGCUCCAUGACUUGCGUUCUCAGCUGACCAUCAUCCCUCAGGACCCCAUCCUGUUCUCGGGGACCCUGCGUAUGAACCUGGACCCCUAUGGCAAUUACUCAGAGGAAGACAUGUGGCAGGCCUUGGAGCUGUCCCACCUGCACACAUUUGUGAGCUCCCAGCCCGCAGGCCUUGACUUCCAGUGCUCUGAGGGCGGGGAGAAUCUCAGCGUUGGCCAGCGGCAACUUAUGUGCCUGGCCCGAGCCCUGCUCCGCAAGAGCCGCAUCCUAGUUUUAGACGAGGCCACGGCCGCCGUUGAUCUGGAGACUGAUGACCUCAUCCAGGCCACCAUCCGCACCCAGUUUGAGAGCUGCACAGUGCUGACCAUCGCGCACCGGCUCAACACCAUCAUGGACUACACUAGGGUCCUGGUCCUGGACAAAGGGACAAUAGCUGAAUUUGAUUCUCCAGCCAACCUCAUCGCAGCUAGAGGCAUCUUCUAUGGGAUGGCCAAAGAUGCUGGACUUGCCUAAAAUAUAUCCCCGGGAUUUCCUCCUGGCCAUCCCUGGUUUUCACCAGGAAGAGAAAUGACACCAAAUAUGUCUGCAGAAUGGACUUGAGGACAAACGUUGGGGGCAGUUGUUAGAUUUUGCCCCUGUAAAGUGCCUCAUAGUAUAACUGUGCUA